CAAAAACCAUUUUGUUAUCCUUUAAUCUCUUUCUCUCUCUUCUGAUCUUCUCUCAUGGCUACCUCAUCUCUACCUCUCUCUCUCCCAUUCCCUCUCCGAUCUCCUAUUACCACUCGAACUCUAACCUUCAGACACUCCCAUCUCCUUCUCUCUCUCCCCUCUUCCAUCGUCUGCCUCUCCACUCAAAACCCCUCCGGCUACGACCGCGAAGAGUCUCGGUGGCUCCGGGAAGAGCAGAGGUGGAUUCGCGAGGAGCAAAGAUGGCUUCGGGAGAAACAACGCUGGACACGCGAGCGUGAAACCCUUUUACAAGAGAUUGCAAAUCUCCAGCUCCGAAUCGAAUCCCUAGAAACUCAGCAGCAGGGGACUUCGGUUCCAGAUACGAUAUCGAACAUAGCUGCUCUGCUUCAGGUUCUCAAGGAGAAGAAUCGGAUUUCAGAGAGUGGUUCAAGCGCAAAGCCGAUGGUGUUGGAGAAUACGAGAGAACCUCUCGAGGAAGAAGAAGAAGAAGAAGAGGAAGAAGAGGAAGUGGUAGUGGAGAAGCGGGUGGUUGCUGAAGAAAAAGUUAGGGUUUCAGAGCCGGUGAAGAAGAGGAGGAGGGUGACUUUGAAAGUGGGAAGCGAAGGUGAAGAGGUUCAAGCAAUGCAGGAAGCUCUGCUGAAAUUAGGAUUCUAUUCGGGUGAGGAGGACAUGGAGUUUUCCAGCUUCUCAAGUGGGACCGCAAGAGCUGUUAAGACUUGGCAAGCAUCACUUGGUGUCCGUGAGGACGGGGUAAUGACAGAAGAGCUCCUUCAGAUGUUGUUCAUGGAUCAAAUAACUGAUGAAGACCUAAAGACAGAUAAGGUUGAAACGAAGCAAGAGACCAAGGAAGCUGGUAAUGGAGCAGCAGUAAAGACGCAAGUCUCUGAGAAGCAGCAGUCAAUCAUAAAAGAUCAAGGUAACAGAGGAAAUGAAGUUUCUCAACAUCGGGUUUUCCUUCUCGGAGAAAACAGAUGGGAAGAUCCCUCCAGGCUCAACAAACCGACUAACACAAGUAAUUCUACAGAUACCAAAACGAAGUGCGUCACUUGUCGUGGGGAGGGUCGAUUGAUGUGCCUAGAGUGCGAUGGAACCGGUGAACCAAACAUUGAGCCGCAGUUUAUGGAGUUGGUUGAUGAAGAUGCCAAAUGUGUGUACUGUGAAGGUCUUGGCUAUACAGUUUGCGAUGUCUGUGAAGGUAAACCAGCCGUAUAAUCAGGGUUCAUGGUUUAAUAUACAGACCACAUUUACUUAUCUGUAAUAAAUCAUAUAUGUUUUGUUAUGAACACAAAAAUGUACAAACAACUCUUCUGUAUAUUAGCUGCUAUUAGUCUUGUUAUAAAAGAGAGGUCUUGUCCAGUGGUGGAUUAACGUUUUAAAGAGUAAACUUCUCAAAUCCUUGUUGAAAAUGUUUAACAACGUUGCA